ACCGCGCGCGCAAUCUUUGGCUGCGCGCGCAGCCUCAAUGAAACAACAAGGACCAGCUAGUACAAUUAUCAAAAUGAAUGCGAGCUAAUUGUGCGACAUUUCGCCACGAGAUAUGUCGAAUAAUUCAUUAUUCAAUACCGCCGGACCGUUCGUCGGGCGAAAACCGCCCAACGGACUGAUUCGCAACGGUCGGCUAGGCGAUGCCCCGCGCGCGUAAGUUCCUGCGGGGUGGGCGAGGGGCCGCCAUGACAGUCGUCGUAUUUUCUGUUAACCGCGAGCACGUAGGCCCCGCGGGCGACGUUCCUGUGGAAUUUUCUCGCGGUUUGGCGUCCGCUGCGACCAAAAGUGGCCGUCCCGCAUCCCGGCUUGGUCGGGCAGGCCGUCGCGGCUGUUGAGGAGACGGUGGGCGAGGGCGCGUGGCCAUUAUCGGCGAUUUGUUUGUGGGCUCCAGUGGCGAGGUGAGACGUCGAGAGAGGCAGCCAAAGAGCGCGGUGCGGCGCGGCGGUGUCGCGAGAGGCAGGCCUGCGCGGGGCUCCCCCCGCCGUCCCUGCCUCCCCCGCGCGCUACGUACGUCGGGACGAACGCGCGUCUCUCCCCCCGUCUGUGUGUGUGUUGCGGCGAAGGAAGCGAAGAGGCGGCUUCGUGGCCAACGGAGAACGAGAUGCGAGAACCGCCGAUGGCACAGCGCACCACGAUGAGAAAUGAAGUAUGUCAGAUACGUUUAAUUAAUAUCCUUCAGUGAACGAAGAUGAAUAGUGAGCAGCAUGCAUUGCCAGCGACUACGCAGGCACAACAAGAGGAUGUAAACGCGGGUCAAAGUGGUCGUCCUUCAUACCCAGGUGGUUUGGCUACUGCGACCGCGAGUCUUGGCAAUGUAGGGAGUACCCCCCAUUCAUCCGCGGACCUGCGUGUAGGUACUGCCGUAGCGUUAGCCUCCUCGGUAGCUAAGUAUUGGGUCCUCACCAAUCUGUUUCCCGGACCGCUACCUCAGGUCUCGGUCUACCACCAUUCCCACCACAACUCCUCGCAUAGGAGUGGUGGCGGUGGGGAGGCAUCAUCCUCCAAAGAGCCAGCCUCUUCACUCAACCAGGAAAUGGCGUUGACUUCCAGCUCGCAUCAUCAGCAACAGUCAACUGCCGCCCAUCAUCAUCAUCAGCCUUCGGUUAGCAGCAGCAGCCAUCACAGUUCUCUGCAGUCAAAUCCACAGAUUCCUGUAUCUCUUCCCGGCCUUAAUUUAGACGGCGCGCAUUUACCGGCGAGUGUUAGCCACCUGCAGGCUGCGCAUGCACAAAUGCAACAGCAAAUGCAAGCGCAAGCACAACAGCAGCUGCACCAGCAGCAACAGCAACAGCCACCGCCGCAGCAGCAGCAACAGCAGCAGCAGCAGUCUCAUCAUCAGAUGCAGAAUCAUCAAAACGCCCAGAAUAGCGGACCAACGGCACACAGUCAAAGCGCGCAACGAGACGAUAACAAAGUGAAGGACGAGGGCGGCAGCUGCACCACCGAGCGUUGCAGCGACAAUCAGGUUCACUGUCAAGUUCAAUGUGAUCUGCAAUUACAACCCCCACAAGAUCUUCAACAGAGCUUGAUGCAACAGCAGCAGCAGCAGCAACAGCAGCAGCAGCAGCAGCAGAUCGGAGUCAGUAUCAGCGGAAACUCCAAUACCGAGGGAGGGACGCAGAAUAACUCCGAGAAACCGGAAAAAGAGAAGGAGUUGCGACAGCUGAAUAUGACCCAAUUCCAAGUCCCUGAUUUAAAACCAGGAGGACACAUGAUGGAUGUAAGAACGGCAGAUGGAUCAGUUGUGAAAAUUAGUGCGGGAAACGAGCAGGAUUUGGCUAAAACUCUCGGCGUCGAAAUGGUACAAAAUAUGUACAAGGUAAACGUCGAAGAUAUAAACCAACUUCUGGCGUAUCACGAAGUUUUCGGAAAGCUGCAGAGCGAAAUAGCGGCCGGAACGACUCUGGUGGGCAGCACCGUUCCUACGCAGACAGUUACCACGAUACAGAACGGCACGCCGAUCGUGCAGCAAGUUCAACUGAACAAAUUCGACAUAAAAUCGAGCGACGGCGAAGCCACGCCCGGUCCGAGCGCGUCACCAGUGUCGGUUGGCAGCCACGCUUGCGAGAUAUGCGGAAAGAUCUUCCAGUUUCGUUAUCAGCUCAUUGUACAUCGUAGAUAUCAUACGGAAAGAAAGCCGUUCACGUGCCAGGUAUGCGGCAAAGCAUUCUCGAACGCGAAUGAUUUGACGCGUCACGGCAAGUGCCACUUGGGUGGAUCCAUGUUCACUUGCACCGUUUGCUUUCACGUUUUCGCGAACGCGCCUUCGUUAGAACGCCAUAUGAAAAGACAUGCCACCGAUAAACCGUACAAUUGCACGGUUUGUGGCAAGAGCUUUGCACGCAAGGAGCAUCUGGAUAAUCACACGAGAUGUCACACCGGCGAAACACCGUAUAGAUGCCAAUAUUGUUCGAAGACAUUCACUCGUAAAGAACACAUGGUAAAUCAUGUUCGCAAACACACUGGUGAAACUCCACAUCGGUGUGAUAUUUGCAAGAAGAGCUUUACUCGCAAAGAACACUUUAUGAACCAUGUUAUGUGGCAUACAGGAGAAACACCUCAUCAUUGUCAAGCAUGCGGCAAAAAGUAUACGCGCAAAGAGCAUCUCGCUAAUCAUAUGCGCUCGCACACGAAUGACACGCCGUUCCGUUGUGAAAUAUGUGGUAAGUCGUUUACGAGGAAGGAGCACUUCACGAACCACAUAAUGUGGCACACGGGUGAGACGCCGCAUCGCUGCGACUUCUGCUCGAAGACGUUCACGCGAAAGGAGCAUCUCCUGAACCACGUUCGCCAGCACACGGGUGAGUCUCCACAUCGAUGCGGCUUCUGCUCCAAAUCGUUCACCAGAAAGGAACACCUUGUUAACCACAUCCGCCAACACACAGGAGAGACGCCCUUCCGCUGUACAUACUGUCCGAAAGCAUUUACGCGAAAGGACCACCUGGUGAACCACGUCAGGCAGCACACGGGUGAGUCACCGCACAAGUGCCAGUAUUGCACCAAAUCCUUCACGCGGAAGGAACAUUUGACCAAUCACGUGCGUCAACAUACAGGCGAAUCGCCACACCGAUGCCACUUCUGCUCCAAGUCAUUUACUCGUAAGGAGCAUUUGACGAAUCAUGUGCGCAUCCACACUGGCGAAUCUCCACAUAGGUGUGAGUUUUGCCAGAGGACGUUCACUAGGAAAGAGCAUCUAAAUAAUCAUCUCCGUCAGCAUACCGGAGAUUCCUCGCACUGUUGCAACGUCUGCAACAAACCAUUCACUAGAAAGGAACAUCUCGUGAAUCAUAUGCGUUGCCAUACCGGUGAACGUCCAUUCGUAUGCACAGAAUGUGGCAAGAGUUUCCCACUGAAGGGCAAUCUCCUCUUCCAUAUGCGAUCGCACAAUAAGGGCAGCAACGCCGAGAGGCCGUUUCGUUGCGACCUGUGCCCCAAAGAUUUCAUGUGCAAAGGACACUUGGUCUCGCACAGGCGCUCGCACUCGGACGAACGGCCGCACAGCUGCCCGGAUUGCGGCAAGACCUUUGUUGAGAAGGGCAACAUGCUGCGACAUUUACGCAAGCACGCGGCCGAGGGACCGCCGACGCAAGUUAGCACGCCAUCGGCCAUACCGCAGUCCGGUGUUCUGCCGAUACCGGCGGCGGCUGCGGUUUUGGUCGGACACCCGUUAGCUCCGCCGGCACCCCCGGUUGUGCCGCAGCACACGGUAGUCGUUCCGACACCGCCCGGUGUACUGACGUCGUACUAAAUGAAAAAAAAAGGGGGAGGAAAGAAACGAAACGAAUGAAAAGAAUGAAAAGGAUGAAAAGGAGGAGAAAGCAGGAGGGAGAGAGAGAGGGGAGACAGGAAGAUGAGAAGGCAUUUCGAAGAUUAUAUAUGCCAUGCAUACUUAAUAUACGAUUGUGUUGAAGAAGUGUGUGAAGAUUGUGCCGCCAUUCAUCAUUUCCUUAAGCACCUGGGAUUUACAGUGGGUUUAUUAUACGUCAUCAGUGUCUCGCGUGCUGCACGGUCCACUCGUUCACGAUUCCGCAGCACACCAUCUUCAUUUCGUAAGAUUCGCCGUGAAUUUUCAUUCAGGACGAUAUAAAGCGAAUACCGCUCGUGACGUACGCGCAAAACGUGUGUUAACGACUGCUCGACAACGGCGGUGUAUUAUCCAAAGUUUGGUUUUGCUUCUUUUAUGCUUUUACUUGAUAAGUAUGUCGAUUGUGGGGUAAACGAACAUAUAGUGUGUAUUCGUUCCGAAUUUGUCAACAAGAAGAACGUCGGAGUAUAUCGGAACUUUGCGACUAAGGUGAUGGACAUAUAGCAAUUCUUCUUCGUUAUACUUUUAGUAACUUUCCGUAAUUUUAACAAAGAGGCACUAAUUGUAAUGUCGACAGCAUUGUCUCGGAUUCUAUUCAUGGAAUAGAUUUCCUAAUUUUGCACAUUUUUAGGGCUAUAAGUGAGAAAAAGUUUCUAGAGCAAUGCUUCUUCCAAUGAUUCCAGAGUCACGUGUUAGCUGAUAUAUCACAUACAGACAAAAUGUGGGUAAAUGUUACUGAAAAGAACACGGAAUAAUCAGCACUGCAGUGAAGAUCGUCGUGUAUAAUAAUGCAAGUCCAUGUGGAGGAAAAUGUGCAAAGUUAGAGAAGCUACUGUAUAUUGUAUUCAUGUGAAGAGUGUAUCUGUAUUUAUUUGCGCUCAUUGGUCAAGUUUUCAGAAAUUAAAGUAAGGUUUUAAGCGAUGAUUAUCGUCGACUAUUAUUGCUUUACGUUAAUUAUCGACUUCUGCAUAAUUUCUGUACGAAAGUUAUUAGCAUUAUCACUUCAAUAAGAAUUGCGCGAUUUGAUUGGAUCCGAGUGGUAUUUUGAAUUGUAUAUUCGAAAUAAGUUCGAUAUCUGCACAGGUGUGCUCUCAUAUAAAAAAAAAUAUUGACAGAAAAAAAAAAA